AUGGACCGCGCAAAUGGUGGCGGCCCCGGCGCGGCUGUCAACAGGGCAGAGCGGUUCGAGGAUGAGAAGCGCCGCAUUGUCGACAGCUGCUUCAACAAGAAGGAUGUCGAUGGGUCUCUUCUCGAAACCUACAUCACCCACAUACGAAUCACCGAGUUCUCCUCCCAUCCCUCCUCCCCACCUCCGCCUCAAGCUCGAACCCCCGAAGGCCAGAAACCUCGAGUCAUCAUUGUAGCCGUACGCAAGUCGGGCCGUGUUCGCAUGCACAAGUCCAAGGAAAAUGUCAAUGGUACUUUUUCAAUCGGCAAGACAUGGAACCUCGACGACCUCACUCACAUCGAGUCCUACACUGGCGCUCAAGUUGACCCCUCCCAUCGCGAAUGGGUUGGCGACACUGGAUUUCUUGUCACCUUGGGAAAACCCUACUUCUGGCAGGCUCAGACCGACAAGGAAAAGAAGUUCUUCAUCGCAAGCCUCAUCAAGAUAUAUGGCAAAUACACGGGCGGCAAGGUCCCGGAACUCAUAGGCUUUGAUACCAGGGAAUUGGACCAGGUCAUGGGAGGUGGGAGACGCCCGCCCGCCGGAGCCGCAAGACCACCGCCGCCUCAGUCUGAACAAGGGCCUAGUCAGCCAAACUCAUCUGCCUCUUCGCCGCGCCCCGGGCCUCCUCCCAUGAGAGGCAACCCCGAAAACACCCGUUUCGCGAGGACGCCUCCGGUUCGUCCCCCCAUCAACGGCACCAGUUCUCCCGCAGGGAGCCUCGAUUCGACUGCGUCCAGAGAUCGACCCCCUCAGCCACCGUGGAUGGCCCAGAGCAACAGGAGCCAGGAUUCGGUUGCCAACUCUAUUGGGGGGAGAAGUGACGAUGGCUCCAGCUUACCUCCUCGAUCUCGAAAUGGUAUGCAGGGGCCAGGUGCCUUUAGUCGGUUUGGAGAGCCUCCGGAACCUCGAACAGCACAACCCUCUGUAUUAAUGCCACCGCAACCACUGCAGCCACCUCAACCACCGCAAUCCCUGGCGCAGCCACAGCCACCUCCUCAACUUCGACCUCAGGCCUAUCAACCAGAGAGGCCCCCGCCAGAAAGGAGAAGACCACCCAUGGACCCAACUCGCCCUCAUGACCGAGACUUGGUCCCUCCCCCCUUGGUGAGCCCAUCCAAAAGGUCAGAGCCCAUGGGGCAGCAAUCCAUGGCACCGCAAUCCAUGGCAUCGCAACCCAUGGCACCACCGCCCAGGAGCAGUGAGCGGAUGGCGCCUAGAAAGGACUCCUCAAGCCAGAGGUCUACAGGUACGUCUUUGACGGGAAGUUUUAACGACCGCGACAUUCCAACACCUACCUCCCGUACGUCCGAGACGGGAAGGCAAGAGCCGGCUCUGGCCCCUUCAGCCCUCAGAGCUCCAUCUGGUACUUCAUUGCCAAAGUUUGCAAGCCCGUCGUCGUCCCCUGCUAUAACAAGUAGAUCAGCUCCCACGCCACCUCCCGAGCCUGCGGCUGUCCCACCCAUUGAGUCGCCCGCUGAACCACCCACCGUACCACCAACAGAGUCCACGCCUCAGGUUCCACCGGAGCCAUCAGAAGACUCUGUAGCUUCACGGCCUGGCCUGGGGCCCAUGAUAAAAGCCAAGAAGUCCAGGAACGAGAUUGCUGGUGCCUUUUGGAAGGCCGCGUCUGCUGCAAAUGCCGCAACUGCAUUCAAACCCCGACCUGGUGGCGCUGGAGAACGGAUGCGACAAGCCAAAAACAAGUCCGAGGAUGCUGGUCCUGAUGGCAUUACCGGUGUUGUUCCUGCUCCCCCUCGCCCUCCUUCCCCAAGUAAGGAUGUACCUCUGGACGCACCCCCAAGCCCGGAACCGCCCAAACUCACGGAAAAGUCUCCGCGACGAGGUUCCCUGGUUCCUGAAGUCAAGAUUUCGGUUCCCCGAAGCCGCCCGAACAGCUCUAAUGGUCCAGUGAAGGAACUCAAGACAAAGGAACCUAAAAAGACAGAGACCCAUCGCUCUAUCACUGCAGGCAAUGAUUCUAAAUACCUGCAAACAUUGGGGGUGGACCCAUCGAUCCUUGAUGAUAGAAGUGAUGAAUUCUGCACGUGGCUAGAUCAUUUCGGAUGGAUACCUGGGCAGCAGAUGCGAACACGAAACGUCGAGGAAAUGAAGACCGACCUUGAACGUGAAUUGAACAAGGCACAGGCUGGUGGAUGGUUGGCUCGCUUCCGCGAGGAGGAUGAACGUGUGGAUGCUAUCAAGCAAGGCAUGGACCUUGCAAUGGCUGAGUGCGAGGAACUGGAUAAUCUCCUUACUCUCUACUCAGUCGAGCUCUCGACACUUUCAGACGACAUUGCCUACAUCGAAGCCCAAGGCCAAGGUCUUCAAGUACAAACAGCUAACCAGAAGCUGCUCAAAAAGGAGCUCGAAUCACUACUUGAGACGUGUGCCAUUACAGCCAACGAUCUCGAGGCGCUCAAGAUAGCACCGUUAGACAACAUCCGGGGACUGGAAGACGUCGAAAACGCUCUCGUAACUCUCUUCAAAGCCAUGGCGAAGAUCGAUCCAUCAUUGAUCGGUGCCCCCAACAAGGUGGUUGAUGUAUCAAUGGACUCGGACCAGACCCACGGGCUCAAUAGCGACUAUAGCCAUAUGCGGAUUGUGCGAGAGAAGAAGGAGAUGUAUGUCCAGGAAAGCGGUUUCUUCAUGAGCCGGCUGAAAGACUUCAUCACAAAGCAGUUCGAUGCAGCCUUCAACGAGACAAAGUUGGCAAUGGAGGGGGCGCUUUCCAGAAAGGUCGACUCUACCCAUCACGACCUCGGUCGCGACGUUUUGUGGAAAUACCAUCCCUUGAUGCUGUACGCCCGAGAUGUCGAUCUGGAUAACUGGAACAACAUCAUACAGGUUUACCAAGACAAGAGCCAACCUGUCUACCGGGUCGAAUUCCAGAAUGUUGUAGCCAUCUGGCGAAAAAACGCGAGAAAGCUGACUGGCGAAGAAGCCGAGCUUCUUUUCUCAUCGCAGGCGGAGAAGCAUCAGGAGGGUGGCGUGGCAACCACAGCGAGAAAGCUAACCGUGAAGCGAAGUCAGACGCUCGCCCGAGCCCUGCGAUCGCCGUUGGCGGAUGGUGGUAAUCGGACACCAGUAGAGAAGCAGACAAGCGACAGCAGGAACCUGCCGUACGAGGUGUUUGCGGGAGUCAUGGAUGAUCUGCUCCCUCUGGUGCAGAUGGAACAAAACUUUGUUGUUGACUUUUUCCACGCAACAACGCUCGAGCAGAUAGACUUCCCCGACUCGGUGGCGGCUAGUGCGCCCCGAGAUCGUCGAGGAGGCGACCUCAAGCGACCUCGACUCAUGGAGCCCGAUCGAGAACUCGCCCGCCGCGUCACACGAGCUAUGGAGGUGAUAUUUACCUUCUUGGAGCAGGAGCUGCUUCGACUCAUGGAAUGGGUCAUCGGACAGGAUCCUCUCCAAGGAGUUGGAGUUUUAGCCACAAUGGAAAAGAAGUUGGGGGAGAUAAGCCAGUCCAACCAAGAUUUCCUCAACACCUUGCUGCAGAAGAUGCACGGGCACUUGGACGGACGAUUCAAGAAGUUCGUUGACGAGCAGAUUCGGGCAAUUGAGGACACGAAGGUCAAGAUCAAGAAGCGCAAGGGCGUCAUUUCCUUCAUCCGUGUGUUCCCGACCUUCUCAGCGGCCGUGGAGAACAUGCUGGUAGGAAUAGACCCCAACCUCUCGGCCCGACGAACGAUUGACCGCGAAUACGACCGCCUGCUGAAGACAAUGUUCGACUCAUUGAUGGUGAUUGCGCGGGAGAAUCCUGCGGUGAGCGUGACAAACGGGUCCGCGGACCCCGAGGACAAGGAAGCGCUCAACUUCCACAUUCUACUGAUCGAGAACAUGAACCAUUUCCUUGAGGAGACGGAUACGCGAGGACUGGAUGUUCUUGAGGAGUGGAAGGAGCAGGCAAAUACAACAUACUACGAGCACAUGGGCCUGUAUCUCAACGCUGUGAUGAGACGACCGCUUGGUAAGGUGCUAGAGCAUCUGGAGAACAUGGAGGCUCAACUGCAGAGCGGCAAAUCGGCAGGAUCCAUCGCAGCGCAGCCUUCCAACAGCAAGACGGUAUUCAACAAAGUGCUCGGCAACUACGACGCAAAGGAAGUGCGCAAGGGCAUCGAGGCACUACGGAAACGUGUGGAGAAGCACUUUGGUGAUGCCGACGACCCAGCGCUCAGCCGAGGUUUGGUGAUUAAGGUCCUGACGGAAUGCGAACAGUUUUACGAAGAAGUGGAGAGCCGGAUUGGACGAGUGACGACGGAUGUGUAUGGCGGAGAUGUUUUGUUUGAGUGGCCUCGGGCUGAGGUAAAGUCUGCGUUCCGAUGA